GUUGUGCUUUAGAUGCUAGUGGGAUAAGGGUAGCGAUUGAGACGCUAGUCGUUUGUACGUGCGGCUUGUUGUGGAUUCGAUCAUCUACGAUAUGGGUGGAAGUUGAGACUGAUGUAUAAUCCCUUCAUUCAAUCAUUUAAGUCAAGACUUUUUGAUAAAUUCUAAUAAUCAUGACUAAGAAAGUAACUGGAAAUUAUAAUGCUCGAUAUCACAAAUUAACUAGGACAGAUGAUGGCUUUGUGGAUCUACAGUACAUACCACCCAUUAUGGGUUAUUUUGGAUUAUUGUGCCGAGAAGGAAUACAUCAAGGACCAGUAUCAGAAGCAAAAGUCGAAAAUGCCAUGGGGAGGAAUUAUUUUAGCAAUUUUCCUGUUCAUUGCUGGCAGCUUAUUAAUCACUUUUGCUUCUCUAUUAUUUGCUGGGCACUUUGAUGGACAACACACGGAAGGAGCCUGGCCGUUACUUAUUCUUGGAAUUUUGAUGUUUAUACCAGGCGUAUAUCAUGUGAGAAUAGCUUAUCUUGCUUAUCGUGGAUAUCCUGGUUAUGUUUUCGAUGACAUACCUGAUUUUGAAUAGUUAAAAAACACUGUUUUGGUUUAUUUUAUAUUUAUUAAAUUUCAUUUUAGUUGCCUUUGUACCGGAAAUGUGGGCUUUUAUAUUAAAAAUGUUUUUUUGCAAGUUAUAGAUUUUAUAAAUGUUUAUAGAGUUUUUGUCCAGAAAUGUCUUUUAUUGAUUUAAAAUUAUCCAUUUAAAAUUAUGAUUUAUCUAUUUUUUAAAAUUUUAUUUUUUUAAGACUUAAUAUUUUCUCAAUAGUAAAACUAUUUUGUUGAGAGCUGUGAUAUUUUUUCAUUGAUGUCUAAGUAUCAAUUAUCAAGUUAUGUGCAUAUUUCAAGAAUUUUAAAUAUUAAAUACUCUAUUUGAGUACUAAGCAUACUAAAUUUAAUGCUUGUCAAGUUUCUAAAUUGUACUACAUUUUAAAAUAAGCUUCUAGGUCGACUUUUGUUCUUGACUAGUCAUUUAAUGUGUAACAUGUGCUUGUUGUUGUGCUUGUCAUUUUCUAAACAUAAUUUACCAUAGAUUGAGUACAUUAAUUUUUUUCACUUUUUUGGUUGGUAAUUGUAAUUUUUCAAAAGUUAUAUUGUGCCUUUCAUAAGGAUUCCAACUUACUGGAAUUUAGAAUAAAAUAUUUUUGUAAAAUUUUCAGUUUGUAAAUUAAUAUAGCAUAAGAUUUUGUAUC